GAAGAAGAAGAAGCAGAAGAAGAAAAAUAAGAAGAAGAAGCAGCAGCAGCAGCAGCAUCAUUAUCAUCAUCUUCUCGUGUGUUUCUCAGCACUGUAGUCCUGCUCACGCUUCAUUGUAUUUUGCUGAGCUAGAAUUUUCACUGUAGUAGCAUUUUAGUGGCGGCUGUCUUGUUUCCAUUUUUAUAACUUCCGUGUGCAGUGCUUAUCUUAUUUAGCUAGCUGACAUUGGACACGUACAAUCCUUUGGCACCCAUAGCCCGUCAAGUAUUGAGUUUUCCGCAAUGGAGAGCCAAGAGCAGCCAUACCAGUGGCACAUACCCAAUCCCUGGGUCUCCACCCCCAGCUUUCAGCUCGACUCACAGAGUAACUUGUUGCCCACAACCUUGACUGCAGUGGAUAAACCGUACGAUAUUCUGGUCCCCAGCCAGGAUACUCAAAGCAAACAGCAUUGGGAGCAUUGUGUACAGACAGAUCCAUGGACAGCAGAAACAGCAGUGAACACUGAAGAGAACUGGGAGUCGCUGAUGCGGCAGGUAGAGGAGAGGGGCACACAGCUGGCCCUUCAGUAUGAAGCUCUGCUGAAACAGCAAGAUUCUGACCAGGUGCUGCAUGAUAGACGGGUCAAAGUACUUGAGCUUCAGAGAGAUGGCAACAUUCGAGAGCAGCAGGCCCUAAUUGACAAGAUGGAGUCACUGCGCGUAAAACUCAAGCUAAAUUGCAGCAAAAUGACCCGAAAAAACUUCACCCUCAAGAAGCAGGAACUGACCAAAGAUAUGGAUAAACUGGAGGAGGAGAGGAACAGACUCUCAUUGGACCUGGAGGAGUCAGAGAAAAGGCUGACAGCACUGAUAGAGGAGCAGUGUCAGGAAAAGCUGAUGUGGGAGCGUGAGCUGGCUGAGUUGCAGAAAGAGGCAGACAGUCUGCGCAAUGAGGCAGAGGAAACCAGUCAGUCUGCACUGAGUGAUGAGAUAUCAGCCUUGGAGAUGCAAAGGGAAGUGACCAUCUCACAGGCGGAAGAAUGGAUUGCUGAGGCAGAGCAAUAUCUCCAAACCCUCCGGUUAGACACAUCUCAGCAGCACUUUCAGCAUAGACUGGACUGGGAGAAAAAUGUCAGCAUUGGCUAUACCUACAUGAGAAACCUGAAGGAUCAGUUCAAUGAGCAGUUGCAGUGUCUCCAUAGAGGACAGCAGCUGGACAGUCUUUCUCCUAUUUCCCUACCACCCCUACCCCAGGUCCCCACGCUGGAGUUGGUUCUGGGUCCCAUGACUCCCUCGUCCCGCCCCUUUGUGUCGAAGCAGAUGGUUCCUCAGCUCCCUCCUGUCUCCACGACAAUGUCCUUCCACCAGUACCACCGCCUUUCACCCGACUCACCUGCUAGAGUGACCCCCCAGACUGCGGCCUCCAUCCCCCUGCAUACCCUGUCCUCUGCCGCGGCGACUAAACAAAACCCCCCUCCCCAGCCCCCUGCUAUCAGCCUUGCCCCUGCGCCCACCCCCUUUAACCCUGCCCAGCCCACUGGCAAACUGGACAAGCUGCUGGAUAAACUAGGAGCUCGAUUCCCAACCUGCAGCAGGAGCACCUUGAUCUUGGUGCUGCAGCAGAUAAAGACAUCGCGCUCGGGCACCAUGGCUGGGCUGUCUAUGGAGGAGCUCACCCUGCAGGUGGCACAGAGACUGACACAGAUGGAGCGACCGCAUUUGGGUCCACUCAGGCCUCCAUCUGGAGCCAGGAACUUUUCUGGCGCAGCUCCCCAGCUCCAGAGAGCCCCUCUCCCCUCUCAGGGCCCAGUGGUAGCCCAGGUCUUCCAAACUCGACCUCCACAGGCUGUGGCUCCCAGUCUUAAAAUGUGCCUGGUGUGUCAGAACCAGGUAGAGACGGGCAGUCAGCAUGAUGUCAGCUGCUCUCACAUUGUUCACAAAGAGUGCAUCAGCGUUUGGCUGCAGUCCACCAAGAACAACUCCUGCCCAUUCUGUCCUUCCAAAUAACCAAGAAGGAAAGAAAAGAUGCACAGUCAUACCCCAAGUUGUUGUAAUGUUUUUCUCCACACCAUAUUGUCAGGUUCCUGAUCUCUUUUCUAAAUUAUGAAAGUCAUCCAUAUUACUCAUUUGAAAAUUGUACUGUAUAAAUUAAAACAUUAAUGUCCUUAUCUGUUUAUUUUGUUAGUUUUAAUUACAGUAAUAAUCUUACUAUGCACAUGUCCUUCGGCCUGUAAAACUGUCAGAAAAUAUUCUGUUACAAUGAAAAUAAAAAUGUAAAAUUCCUUUGAAAA